AUGCAGAAGCUUAAUCUCGCACAUGACGGGAUCGCCCGACAGCUGCAGCAGCAGGAGACGGAGCUCAUGACCCUCCGGCGCGACCGGGAUACCAUGCAGAAGCGCCUCAAGGAUGUGGAAGAGGUACAGGUUCCGGACUCAUGUGACAUAGUGACAUAUCCCUCGAUGUCCAUGUGGCCAUCACCUCGGCCCUGCUUGCCCCUCGUGGCUGAGCCGCCCCAGUUUGGCCGGCGUGCGGGUUCGCGUGAUAGGUCCCUGACACUGCGGGCCGGCCCGGCCUUGUUUUUGGCCAUUUCCGCAUCAUCGCACCAGCCAGCGAGGCGAUGGAGAAGCGUAAUGCGGAGCAAUGGCAUUCGCCAGCUUGGUGAGACGAUCCGGCAGCGCCUCUUUGGAAGUGAAGGCCGGCUCAAGGAGCUCCCGAAUCUCAUGAAAACGCCGCAGAUGAUCUAUGAGGAGAAGCUGCGACCUUUGGAGAAACAGCUCCAAUUUGAGAACUUCUACGACACAGCCGAGCUAAGUGCUGCAUACUUCACGUCGAAGCCGAUGGUCCUCGUCCUAGGCCAAUACUCGACAGGGAAAAGCACUCUGAUCUCGAAGCUCUUGAAGGCGGAGUAUCCGGGCCUUCGUAUUGGACCCGAGCCCACCACGGACAAGUUCGUGGCCAUCAUGGGUGGCCCCUCCCGCCAACAGUUGCCAGGCUUCGCGCUCUGCAGCAACCCCUCGCAGCCUUUUGGGCAGCUUCAGCGUUUUGGAAGCCGCUUUUUGGAGCGCUUCGAGGGGGCAUUGAUGCCAGAAGAGGAGGUGCCGGUGCUGAGCUGCCUCAGCUUCGUGGACACCCCGGGUGUCCUGAGCGGGGAUAAGCAGCGUGUGGGCCGCAGCUACGACUUCGAAGGCGUAAUGGGUUGGUUCGCCGAGAAUGCCGAUCUGGUCAUUGUGCUGUUUGACCCCAACAAGCUUGACAUCAGCGACGAGUUCCGGCGAUGUCUGGAAGCACUGGGCAAGAAGAGCGAAAGCAAGAUCCGCUUCGUUUUGAACAAGGCGGAGAAGCUCGACAGAUUCGAGCUGGCGCGGGUCUUCGGAGCGUUGAUGUGGUCGCUGUCCAAGGUGAUCAACAGCCCGGAGAUGCCGCAUGUGUUCUUGAGCCCUGCUUCGAACCAGCUGGACCUCUCGCCAGAGGCACUUGCCUUCUUCCAGUCGGAGGGUGAACGGCUGCGACAGGAGCUUUUUCAGGUGCCCUUGGACAACACAACCCGCAAG